ACGAAAAGCAAGGGAGAGAAGAGAGGGAGGGAGAGAGAAAUCCCAAAGCCAGCACCAGAGCCACGAGUUUCAUUUGCUGAGUAUCUCCAAGCAGCAUGGUCCUGAUCGCAGUUGGAUUUCAGUUCCAGCUUUUUUUCUGCUAUGUGCUAUCUCAGUCUUCCUUCAUGGACAACAUUCUUUCCUUUCCGGCAGCCCUGAAAUCUCUGGAUCACAAAAAGAAACUCAAUAUAUGCUGUCUCUUAACUCCACCACCUCCACCGCUGUUCCCCCCUCCCCCUCUGCUCAGAGAACACAAGAGUCAUAACGAGAAAGUAAAUAACAAUGAAGAUGGAGGGGAAAAGCCCACUCUGCCCACAUGUGUGCCAGGCCCUCCUGGCCCUUCUGGCCCUCCUGGACCACAGGGUCCAAAUGGAAUUCCAGGUUUAAUGGGACCAAAGGGAGAAAAGGGAGAAAUUGGUAGACCUGGAGCAAAGGGUCGGCCAGGUCCCCCUGGUCUCCCAGGCCACCAAGGGCCAGCUGGUUGGCCUGGACCAAAUGGGCCCAAAGGUGAGAAGGGAGACCCGGGUUUAAUGGGACUGCCAGGUGCAAGAGGACCAAUGGGCCCCAAGGGCAUGCCUGGAUACAAAGGAGAAAAGGGUUCCAGAGGUGAUGAGGGAGAACAAGGACUGAAAGGAGAAAAGGGGAAUAUGGGUCUCCCUGGAAUGUUGGGACAAAAGGGAGAAAUGGGUCCAAAAGGGGAGCCUGGAGUAUCAGGGCACCGUGGACCCACUGGCCGGCCGGGCAAGAGGGGCAAGCAGGGGGCAAAGGGAGACACUGGGGCUCUGGGACCCAUUGGGCCUGCAGGGCCUCCUGGUCCUACAGGCUACCCAGGCCCACCUGGUCUUCCUGGGUCAGGGCAUUUCAUGGUGGGACCAAAGGGAGAGAAAGGAGUGCCUGGUCUCCCAGGGCGGUGCUACUGCAACCAACCUGUGACUGUGAAUAAUCCCCCCUAUGAGGAGCCCUCACUUGGUGUCAACUACCCCAGGGUGCCAGUGAUAUUUGUGGUCAAUAAUGAAGAGGAACUUGGGAGGCUUAAUACUAACAAUGCACUGGCAUUCCGAAAAGAUCAAAGAUCGCUUUACUUCAAAGACAUUGAAGGAUGGCUACCAAUUCAGCUAACACCCUUCCAAUCCAUUGAAUAUCCUCCAGACCCUGAUGGCUUCUGUGGAGAUGGGAUAGUUCAGGCUUAUAAUGGAGAGGACUGUGAUGAUGGCAACAAGAUUGUCACAGAUGGCUGCAUUAAAUGCAAACAUGCAUACUGUGGAGAUGGUUACCGGUAUGAAGGAGUGGAAGAAUGUGAUGGAAAGGACUUUGGUUAUCAGACAUGCAAAUCCUAUCUUCCAGGGUCUUAUGGACAACUAAGGUGCACCUCAUACUGUUACAUUGACUCUACAAACUGCAAGUAUUUCACAUGAAGUAAAGAAGGGACAUCGGGCCAUAUCCCGCACUGUCUUGGACGCCUGGUGCUAUAUAACCCAAAAAACGUGACUAAAGCAACAUAAAAACGCAAAGAGAUGAAAAAGAAAAGUAGUAAAACCAAGAAAAAAUAAAUAAAAGCCUUCUGUUCUGUUGCUGCUGAAAAGCCAUAUAGCCAAAGGGGAUUUCUGUAACCCAAAUAUAUGUCCAAAAACACAUAGGACCAUUGCAAUCUGUCUUAAUAAUUCAGCAAAGGAUUAAAUAGGAUUCACUAGGUAGACUUCCAAAGCUUAGCUGGGAAUGCCUGAGGAAUCUGCCCUGCGUGAAAGCAAUGGUGUGGCAGGUGCGGAUUGUCCAGAUCACUGCAGGAGCCUGGUGUAGAUGG